AUGAGUGGUGUUCAUAUUGGUGGCAAUCGUGCUUUCAUAUUCGGUGGUGUACAUGAUGUUGAAAGUGAAGAUGGAGAGAAAAUGAACAGCUAUUUCCAUAAUGAUUUGUUUCUGUUGGAUUUAGAGAAAGCCAAGUGGCGUACAUUCAGUCUUUGUGUAGAAAAAGCUGAGCAUUCAGCUGAACGUCUGGAAUAUCCAAAUGAAUCUGCCAAUUCCACUCCGCUCGAUUCAUUAUCAAGAAAAUUAGUCGAAGUGGCUGUUGGAGAAGCUAGUGUUAAACUACCUAGAGGAAGUGCCUCCACGUGCAUAUGUCCGUCACCCAGGGCUAGUGCAGGACUGGCUUUGGUUGGUUCUAAUCUGUACUUAUAUGGUGGAGUUUUCGAAGUUGGAGACAGAAAAGUUACUUUGGAUGAUUUUUACAAACUGGAUGUGAAUCAUCCUAUUUCGUGGGAGUGUUUGUAUCCAGGAUCUCAGGAAACACAAGCUUGGUUUGAAAGUGAGUCAGAAGACGAGGAAGAAGAGGAAGAUACAAGCGAGUCUUCAGAGUUUGAAACAGCAGGUGUUGACGAUGAAACUUCAGAUAACAGUGAUGAUGGCAUUUUUGAAAGAGCUCCAAUUCCACAAGUCCUGGAGACGUUCUCUGGUUAUUGGAAACGGACCAUGCAGUUCUGGUGUGAAUUGGCUUACAACGGCUCUGACAAUCAGGAUGAAAAUCAUACUCGAUUUGUUCAAGGGAUAACCGAAAACCCCAUUAUUGUAAAUCUUGCAAAAAAACUCUCUCAAGACUUCUAUGGAAGCUCAAUCUGUAAACAUAAACCUCAAAAUUUCUAA